AUGUCAUACAGAUUGCUCACACCUCAGGUGGCUAAUAUGAGCAGUUUUAUAGACAGUGUAGCGUUUGGAGGGAGAAAGAUUGCCAGCCUUUCCUCAACAUUUCCCUUGCCUGUGGAAGAGACUGUUCCUUUAGCAUCACUUCUGGGUUCUAGACUUCAUAGAAGCGGACAGGAGCUCUUGCAAUUCCUGACUCCUGGUGUUUCAAAUUCCUCCUCUUUGAUAUCCCAGUCUGCAGUCAUAAGAGGCAUUCCUUCAUCUCUUACCCAUAACCCUCAGCGGAACGUCCAAACCCAGAAUCCCUCGCAGCACGAGAACCCUUUUGAAGUCUGCUCAGCCACCAAUGAAAUGGUUCAAACGUUCUUGCAGAAUUUACAUCCCCAAACCUCCCCCUUGUGUUGGAAUGUGAAUCAAGCUUGCAUGGUUAAGCCGCCAUUUCCAAAUAUUUUCGCUUCAAGGGUAACUAGUGAUGGAUUUGUCGUAGAAGGAUAUGCAAGACCGGAGGGUAGAAGAGUGAAUCAAACAAGUGUGCUUAGUCGCGUCGAGUCAAAUUCCGGCAUUGCGGGCAUGUUGUUGUCAUUGAUUCAGUGGGCAAAAAAAGUUAAUAUCAACAAACAUCAUCUGUUUUUGGAGUCUGGAACUGAAGCAGAAACAUUUAAAGAAAUGCUUGAGGAUUUGACAUGCUUGUCGGAACGUUACGAGAACCCAUGA